AUGGCGGCGACCACGCCAGGCAGCGCUGCUGCAGUUAGCCUUCUUACUACUAGCAGCACUGGUUCCUGCCGCAAGAUCUGCAGUGUGUUGACCAAGGCAUGCCUCCGGCAGCGCACCUGCUCGGUGCUGGCGUCGGACCGCAAGUUUGGGGUGGCCGGGUGCAAGUUUUUUCGCAAGACCAAGGUCCUGAGCUUCUACUACAGCCCCAAGCCCAGCCCCAAGCCCAACCCCUCUCCCACGCCGUUCCGCUGGAACGAUCUGUCGCCAGUUGGCAAGAGGAGAGCGGAGGAGCUCCUGUCCAUUUUCGAGAAUGCCUCGCUGGAUCCGGGCUACAGCUAUGCAGAAAACCUGGGCGACGGCCGCGGCAUCACAUUCGGCAGGCACGCCCGCCACGCUGCGCCUGCUGCGCCUGCUGUGGCUGCCGCGCCUGCUGUGCAUGCAUCGGUUGCUGGCAAGCCCGCAGGCAAUGGGCUGGCCAAGUACCUGGCAGCCCUGGAGCGCAUCGACAGGGGAGGCGGCGGGAGCAAUGUGGCGGGUCUGGACGGCUUCAUCCAGGCCGUGGCGCUGGCUGCGCGCGACCCGCUGUUUCGGCGCACCCAAGACUACUUUGCGGACCAGCUGUACUUCACCCCCUCCCAGCAGCUGGCCAAGCAGUACGGCAUCAGGCUGUCCCUCACCAAGGCUCAGCUGUAUGACGCCUACAUCCAGCACGGCUACUCCGAUCCAGACCAAGACGUGUACAGCAUCUCGGUCAACGGCAUGGCAGCGUGGGUGAACCAGCAGCUGGGAGGCGCCCCGCUCAAGGGCGUGGACGAGAAGCGCUGGCUGAAGAAGUUUUUGGAGCGGCGGCGCUGGGUGCUGCUCAACACGGACAGCGAGUGGGCGGCCAGCGUGGCGCGCGUCGACCUCUACACCUGGAUCGUGCAGCUCGGGGGCUGGUGGCUGGACAAGCCGCUGCAGCUGAGCUGGGAGCCGUGCCGGCCCAACCGGGCCAGGGGCCCCUGCCAGCCACAGCCCCGCCCCACGCAGUACUCCAUCGGCGGAGUGAUCUACGGAGACUUCCUGGUGGAGUAG